AUGAGUAAAUAUACAGGAAUAGGUAUUGGAAUAGAUUUAGGUACAACAUAUUCAUGUGUUGGUAUUUGGGAAAAUGAUCGAGUAGAAAUUAUAGCAAAUGAUCAAGGAAAUAGAACAACACCAUCAUAUGUUGCAUUUACUGAUACAGAAAGACUUAUUGGAGAUGCAGCAAAGAAUCAAAUUGGAAUGAAUGUUAAGAAUACAAUAUUUGAUGCAAAAAGAAUGAUAGGAAGAAGAUUUAGUGAACCAAGUAUUCAAAAAGAUAUGAAACAUUGGUCAUUUAAAGUAGUUGAUGAUGGACAUGAUAAACCAAUAAUUGAAGUAGAAUAUAAAGGAGAAAUUAAAAGAUUUACACCAGAAGAAAUAUCAUCAAUGGUAUUAACUAAAAUGAAAGAAACAGCAGAAACAUUUAUUGGAAAAGAAGUAAAGAAUGCAGUUAUUACAUGUCCAGCAUAUUUUAAUGAUUCACAAAGACAAGCCACUAAAGAUGCAGGAACAAUUGCAGGAAUGAAUGUAAUGAGAAUUAUCAAUGAACCAACAGCAGCGGCUAUUGCAUAUGGACUUGAUAAAAAGAGUUCAGGAGAGAAAAAAGUAUUAAU